CUGUGCUUUCGUUGCCUUCGUAGGAGGACAGAAGGGCAGCGCGUUCGUGGGUCACGUUCCAGGCAUAAGUUUUUUUAGGAGGCGUUGGGCAAAUAGACGCGUGGGACGUUUCCUUCCUCCGUGCGUGCGAUCGAACAGCGGUCACAUAUCUCAGUGGAAAUCUCGAAGGCUGUCCUUGGCGUGGAGAAGGAAAACGGACCCUCACCACAUGUGAGUUGAGCUUAGGAGCACGGUAGCCAUGACGCUUGUGACGGGAGCCGAGUUGCGGCGUCUGCUGCACCCGCAUUACCUGGUGAACCUGCUUCUGGCGGCCUGUUUCCCUGUGCUUCGGUUGGUGCGGCCGUUCUGUGAUGUGCUAUUCCCUGGCGGUGAUUGCCAGCUGGACUUCAGGGAGACCGAGAUCCUCACGUUCGUGGCCGUUGUGGUGCUCUUCCGAACGCGCAAGACGGGCGUGGUGCGCCUAGUGCCAUAUCUGAGCACGGCGUGCAUGUAUGCCAAGGUGGCAGGUCUGCUACUCUUCUUCUAUUGGGACCCACGGCUAGGCCUAGUGUAUGGUGCUCUAUGUCUGCUGCAGCUGCUGGUGCUGCCUGAGCCAGCAGCUUAUGGUGGGCCUGACCCUGUUUUAUACUUGGAUGCAGAGAGCUUCCGUGAGCAAGUGCAGUGCGGUGACCGGCGAGUCACCUGGCUUGUCGCCUUCUACGCACUGUGGAGCCCAACUUGUGUUCAGAUGGCACCAGCAUUUGCACAGCUGGCAACGCGCUAUGCGCUCGACAACCUGCGUUUUGCCAAGCUGGACGUGACUCGCUUCCCAGACUUGGCGCACGAGCACCACAUCAGCACGGCGGCCCUGAGCCGCCAGCUUCCCACGGUGCUGCUCUUCCGAGCCGGCCGCUUGGUGGCACGGCGACCAGAUGCCCAAUGUGACAAGCUGGUUCCGUUUGCUUUCACCGAGGAAAACAUGGCAGCUGCCUUCGACCUCAACAAUCUGCAUCAGGAAUGCCGCCAGAACCCAAUCCGCAAGAAAGUGGCAGGCAAGCAGUCCUGAGUUCUCAAAGUGGGCCUGUAAGCCAUUGGCUGAUUACAUUGACCUUUGGUCCAGCUUAGAACAUCCACAGUCACACUAUGAACGCUGUGUGCCAUACACAUGAUUAAUAACUGCUCGUCUGCUUUGUAUACGAGAGAAUGAAUGUAAGCAACUAGUCAGUAGGUAGCAAGUUGGUGUUUCAAUAGUUUCAGAUGCUAGGUGUGAGACCAUGUCAGCUACUGCUUCCAGUAUUGUUUUUGGGGUGAUUUGCAAUGUACAAGAUCGCAUAUUGGCAUAUGUACUUGCUGUUUGAGAUGAGCUUCAUUUGGUACAACUAAUUGCUACAUUAUCAGCCAUCCAGAGGUCCACAUAUGUAGGAGGCACUUCAUUCGUGUUCAUAUUAAAUGACUGGGUAUGCAAACAUGUGCACAGAAGUCAAGGCACCACAGGUGUCUGUGAUUUUUGACUUCUUUCCUGUGUGCACAACUCAUCUUUUACAAUGCAUAGUACUUACAGAUUAGCUCGGCUCUCUGUUGUUCUAUGAUUAAUGUUAUAGCAUAGAUUACUGCUCUAGGCUGCAGUCUACCUAAAAACUAUGGCAUGACAAGUUCGCUGAUUUGUACAUUCAGUUGAAACCAUGGAAUAUCAAGCUAAGUUUGUUGGACAAUAAUUUGUUGUUUCCAGAACUUUUUCUAAAUAGAAGGAGCUUCUUAUCAUUGCAAAUAUGUGUAUUGAGGUUUCUAUAUAUCAGUGGAUGGUAAAUACAGUUAAGGAAGCCAGCAAGUUAGUUGGAGUGACAUAUUGUAAAGAGUUCACAGGGAUCAAGGGGAAUCAACUUGCCGAAAAUUGGGUAAAUUAGAGAUUACUCUUGUCCUGCAGUAGACCCAAGUAGGCUGAGAAUGAUAGCUAUUUGUUCUAAAAUUUCAGAAGUGCAGGGGUAUUUUAAUUACCACUGUGUAGCCAGCUCUUGAAAAACACGUCCAUCACAGCUGGCUCUCUUGCGAAGAAGCGCGCAAUCUCUUUUUCUUUCAGAGCGAAAGCUGUUCUUGCCCUUGACCCACUACGUGUAGGUGGCAUUAUCGCCCUUCAGAAAAAAGUAAAAAAAAUACAAAAAGCAAAAGAGAAAAAAUAACAAGACGUAGCGCGGCCCCGACGCUAUAGCAUAGGCACGUAAAGGAAAAGGAGAUAAAAAACCCCCGAUAAAGGCAGAGUAGAGAAUUAAGAGCGUGGCAAUAAGAAAAAAAGUCAAUGAAGGAACAGGCCAAUUCACAAAAAAGAAAACACAGAUGGUUUCAUGCUCGCAAUUUAAACUGGGUCCGGGCUCGGUCGCGUUCUGGUCUAUGCCUGCAUUGUCGAGUCCGGGACCGCUUCAUAGUUCACGUCACUAAUGCAGCAUAGCACUUCGUACGGCCCAAAAUAGUAGCUCAGUGACUUUUCACUGAGGCCUCAGCGGCUAACGGGCAUUCAUUCCUAAACUUGGUCUACGAGCUUGUAGACCACUUCCCUGUGGCAGGUAUUAUAGCAUCUGCCUGCUGCUGGCCGAUGUCCAGUCAUGCGAGCUGUCGAGCUUCCUUGGCAUGCUCUGCGAAUUUCUCAGCGUCAGUUGCCAACUUGUCAUCGUUUUAAUACGAUAGCAUAGAGUGCAGCAUGCUUUGCACUUCGCGGCCAUAGUGAAUCCGAAAUGGCGUCAAUCGUGUGGUCUCUUGCACGGCAGUGUUAUGCGUGACGGUGAUGUAAGGCAAGAUCUGAUCCCAUGUAGUGUGCUGUAUGUCGAUGUACAGUGCAAUAAUGUGUGUGAGCAUCUUAUUCAGUGGCUCGGUAAGCCCAAUGGUUCGCGGAUGGCACGUGGUUGUCUUUCGGUGUCUGGUGUUGCUUAGUUCAAAAGCUUGUUGUUAUGCUAGAAGGUGCACCGUGCCACCUGCAUGUAGUGAGUCGAGGGCAAGAGCGACAUGU